AGAGAGAGAGAGAGAGAGAGAGAGAGAGAGAGAGAGAGAGAUAUCCCCCCUGGAUGUCUAUGAUGUUGUGCCAGCUCGGGCAGAGGUGUGUGAUGGAGGUGGUGCUGCUGACCAUCCUGUCCUGGGUGUCCGUGUGGGCGGAGGAGAAGAUCAUAUUUGACAGACACGCUGUCUACUGGAACAGCUCCAACCCCAAGUUCUGGCACGGGGAGUACCGGGUGGCAGUGAACAUUAAUGACUAUCUGGACAUCUACUGUCCUUACUACGAGGGUCCUCCGUCCCACGGGCGCAUGGAGCGCUACAUCCUGUUCAUGGUCAACCACGAGGGCUACACCUCCUGCCAGCACAGGAUGCGCGGCUUCAAGCGCUGGGAGUGCAACCGUCCCAGCGGUCCUGACGGACCCCUGCGCUUCUCAGAGAAGUUCCAGCUCUUCACUCCCUUCUCCCUGGGCUUUGAGUUCAGGCCCGGACACGAGUACUACUACAUCUCGUCUCCUCACCCAAACCAUGUGGGGCGAGCAUGUCUAAAGCUGAAGGUGUAUGUCAGACCUCCAGAUGGGUCGGGAUAUGAUUCACCAGAGCCCUUCCUCACUGAUGGAGGUCCAUGCUGGAGGCCAGGGUCCAUGGUCCUGUUUGCUGUUCUGGCCUCACUGCUCCUGGGUCUCUUCUCCUGGCUGUGAACCCUCUCCCCGUCCUGGAGCUCCCACCCAGGGUCGCUGGGCUGGGCUGGCUGUCCCUCUAAAUCCACCACCCCUCAGGGAAGCCCUCUGUCUCCGUCCCCCCCCCCCCCCCCCCUUCCCCUUCUCUCCCACCUCCACCUCUAUACGACCACCAACCACCCCCACUGCCAGCCCCCUCCAUUGCCCAGCAUUGGACACUGCUCCCCGGACUGGCUGAGAGGGUUGGGUCUUGAGCUGUCUGGGAAGCUGCGCUUCAUCUCUGAUGCAGCUGAAAAACACAAGGGAAAUGUCUCUGCACUCAUAUCAGGGGGUCCUUUUGAUUUGUCUAUUGACUCUUGGCCACUGAUGGGGUAGAUGUAGCCGAGGCUAUGAUUAAACUUGUCGUUCCAGUGCAAUUCCUAUCAUCCAAUCACGGCAGGAUGCAUUAAGCGAUAGGCCUGGAUGCACAAAAAUUGGAUUUUUCUCACAUUGCUAUCCCAUCGUCAAACCAAGAAUUGGAAGUGGCCAAGCUUGCAUUGUAAUUGGAAUUCUAUACUACCUGGACCAGUUCCAACUGCAAGGAGAAUGAGAGCAAACGUAGAGAAGGAGAGAAGAAAAGUGACCCGGCCGGUGCAGAAAAGGAAAACAAUGCGAGCACAGAUUUAAAUAAAUACGACCGUAUCGGAAAUGUAAUGUUAUAUGUGUUGAUAUUUUCAGACACGGUGUAGAUUCACAGCAAUGUGAUACAAAAAUCCUACAGUUUUGAUUUUUGUUUUGUUUUUUUCUAUGAGAAGCUAAGAUACCACAUUCUAAUGACAAUUAUAAUCAUAGGCUGUUUCAGCGGGAGGGUGGGGUGUGUGUAGGGGGGUGUUCUGGGUGGGUUGGGUGAGGUGUAUAUUUUCAGGUGGGAUGUGUUCUGUCUUAUUCGUGUUUCUAAACAAAGCAUUUAUCACAGCCUGGCCAGCACGGGCGUCUUCGGCACUGUCUAAUGUCGACUGGGUCGGGUGACUUUUGGAACCAUGACUUUCUCAUGUAUGAAUGUACCACUGGUCACCCACCUCUUUGUCUUUCUGUAUUAUUAUGACUGUGGUCACUUACAGUACCUUCUCUAGGACUGGCAAGGUUGAACGGGUUCGGGGGAUUUGGAGGGAUGGUGGGUGCCGGGGGCAGGAGGAGAGCGAAGCAAGGAUGAAUGGAGGACAGGUGACAAAAGGAGGCGACACUCAAGUUGCAUGACCACUGUGAAACCUUCAGAUCAAUCUCGUUUGUAAUGAUGAUAUAUUUUUUCAUGGGGAAAAUCAGAAACACCCUGCUACCGCUCUCUUGCUCUCCCUGAGACUUUUUUUUUCAGACAUCAAAAGGAAAAAAAAAUCCAGCCUCUCUCCUCACACUGUUUCUCCUGUCUGGCUUUCGGUCGUUGAUGGAUUAGCUUGGGCCGGGAGAUAAAUGGACCCGCAGGGUGAAACUGACUGGAAAUCAGCCCUCAGAGCCCAGGCCAGAUCACAAUGGACAUAAAUACUGACUGAAACUGGUCCUGGGUCUGAGAGUUAAACCAAUAAGGGAAGCGCAUAGACUGUGGCAAAUGAGGCGAGGUGUGUGUGUGGGGUAGCAUCACAAAAACACACAUGCGCAUGCACACACACACACACACACACAUAUACAUGCACACGCACACAGUCUUUGAUAACGGGACAGGUCCUCUGAGAUUUUGGGAGCAUUCGUGGACGUGACUAUAAAGGGAACAGCGCAAAGAGAGAGGGAGCAGAGGAAGGAGAGAGAGUUUGUGUGUAUCAUGGGACCGAGUCUUCUUUAAUGUUGGGAUGUGAACCUAAUGAGUAAGCACUGUGAACACACACAUACAUACACACAUGACGACCAGUGUACAGAUACACACACACACACACACGUACAGACAUAUGUAGAAAAGCACAUGCAGAUCUAGACAUUUACAAAAACAUGGCAUGCACAUACACACAUGUACAAAGACACACACACACACACACACAAGAAAACACAAACAAGGGGAAGCACUUCCUUCCCUGUUUCAUCUUAUUUUUGUAGCAUUUAAAAUCACUGUUUAUUACUCCUGUGUGGGAUGCAGUGAUGGGGUAUAGCCUGUGGAAGAUUAAAAAAAUGUGUUUUCUCUUCUUCUAUUCCACUGAUGCUGUCCUUCUAUCGUUCUUCUCUGGUUUGUGAUCCAUGGUUGGUAGUGGUAGGAUGCCUCCAGGUCUGAGCGUCAUGUAUGAGUUUGUCUCCUUUUCUGUUUGUGGUGUUUUUUUGUGGGAGCUGACCUCAGUCAUUAAAGUCAGUCAGUCAAAAGUAAACACAGAAGUCAGAGCAAGGAGAGAAACACACAAAUAAAGAUUGUCUUUUUGUCUACUCGGAAAACUAAAUGAGUGGAAUUUCUUCAGUGGAAAUGUGAAUUAAUUUUCAUUUGAUGGGUUUUUUUUCCCCCCCAAAGGACAGAUGAUUGUAUUCAUGUAUUAAACUGCACCUGGGUCUUUAUUUUGCCCGGUCUAUCUUCCUCUGACGUCAAAGUCUUGGGACGGUGAGCGUUGAGCUCUGCCAGUCAAAGCAUGAAAUUAUUCAGAUGAAAUCACCCACUCCAAUCUUCAGCUGUUUCUCCCUCAGCGAUGUGACAGCUAAUCUGAACUGCUGACAGCAUGGAGACUGAAUAGCUUGAUAGACUUUCCUCCCUUGUUUCCAUCAGAUUCACAGCAGUGUGGCCUUCCAGUGAUGGGAAGCAACCAAGUGCAUUUACUCAAGUACUGUACUUAUGUACAAUUUUCUUGUACAUGUACUUUACUUGAGUGUUUUCAUGGUCUGCUACUUUAUACUUCUGCACCACGACAUAUUGUGCUUUCUACUCCAAUCCACCAUGUUAUAGCGAUAGUUACUUUCAUAUUUAAAAAGAAAAACACGUAAUCAAAGUCAUAAUAUCACCAAAAAAGAGUUUAUGCUUGGCUGAGGUUUCACAGUUGAUGUAUAGAUAAUACGCCCUUAUCUUAUGCAGUAGUUCAAUGGCACCUAACUGGAGAAAAGGUGCCUACAGCUGUUUUUGU